GUUCAUAAUUUUAGUUAUGUCAAAAGUACUUGAAAAUAAUCUUUGUCAAAGAUAACACUUGUUUCAUAGUCUGAAGGACAAUUGUUAUCAUUUGUGGCUGUGCUGUGCUAUUAACUCAUUUACAUGAUUGUGACAAAGAGUAGGGACUUAAAAAGGUGCCAAGACCACAGAGGUUAUCAUGGACGAUUAUGGUGCAGGUGACUUAGUUGACGUAGAGGAACUACUUGAUGAUGAUUUAGAUGAUGAAAUUGAAAUGGAGAAAGCGCCUGAUGGCGGUUUAAGAGCCUGGCUGAUUGUUCUUGCAUGUUUCGGCAUCAAUUUAAUUGUACAAGUGAUGGCGUCAUUGAUAGACAUGGGACUACAAGACACUGAGGUUUCAAAAACUUUGAAUAUCAGCACAACUGACGCUCUUAAAGCAAGCAACUAUUACAAGAGUUUGUCAGAUCUUUAUGCUCCCUUUGCUGUGCUAGUAAUGAUCAAGUUUGGAUAUAAGAUAACUGUAGCUGUUGGGUCUGUGAUUGUUUGUUUCUCAUUUACAAAUAUGUCAAUGUUAGGCGGAGGAUCCGAAAGUAGUAUAGGCGGCUACUGGAAGUUCUGGCUCUGUGGACCAGCAGCAAUGGGCGUAAACUUCCUGAAAAUUGGAGCUCUUAUUCCUGUGUUGGAAUAUUUCACUACUAAACGGAUGAAAGCACUUGUGUUGUCAAGAGUUGGUACUGCCCUAGGUGGUCUCGUGACAAUGGGUUUUAUGUUUGUCGGAGGCAUUAAAUGGAGGACUGUAUUUAGAAUCAACGCUGGACUGUGUAUAGUAACACUGAUUGCUGGUUUUACGUUGAGGAACAUCGGAAUAAAACGGAAAGGAAAGGAGAAACAAGAAGGCGAAAAUGUUGCAAAAGAAAACAUCUUCAGGCGCAUAUUGGGAAUAUUUGAUCCCCCUGUGUUAAAGAGUAGAUCGUUUUGGAUAAUAAUGGGGAUUUUCUUCUUCUUUAAGUUUGGGAUAACACCUCUUGCAAUAACCUUGCCAACAGUCUCAACGAAACUAAAUGACGGAUCGCCAUCAACAACUGAUAUGUUCUUGGGAGUGGCUGGAACUAACGUUGGAAAUUUAGGUGGAAUAGGUACUGCCUUCCUCCUGAAGAGGCUUAAAUUUAUGAAGAGGUUUACAAAAAAAAGUUUAAUAUUUGUUCUGACAAUGGUAGCAAUUUCCGGUCCUUUUAUAGGAGUCUGUCUUGUGCCCACUCCUGAUGACUUCGGUCCUUAUGUAUUCUUCAAUCUUGUCGUCAUGGUAUUUCAAGUUUUGUCUGAAAACAUGCGAGACGAAUCCAUACCAACGGUGUUUGGACGACCAAAUAUCCGAAUAACAGAAAGUUUUUUGAACAUGUUUGUCGGGGUAGCAGGCAUGCUAGCUGGAGCUAUACAACAUGGUGUUGACCAGGUGAAAAAUGGCUGGAAAAUAAACCUAAAAUUAGGUGGAAGCUUUUUGAUUAUCGUAGGCGUGGCCACGGCGGUCCUCAUUAUACUUCAUAAACUUGGAAAAAUAAAUUUGAAAGAACGGGAAGGUAAGCGAUCAUCUAACGAGUAUACGAAAACAAACGAGAAUACCGAAACUAAGAGUGAGACUAAAAAUGAACCUGACGAUGACUUACCAAAAGAUAUUGAUGACAUAUCAAUGACAAUUGAAAGUGGAAAGUUGCAUUCUGACGAUACACAAACAGGGACUUACAUUAGACACAAAAGUCCAGAGAGAUCAGAUAGUCGAUCAGCUGAAUUCCCAAACACAGCUAUGGUUCAGGCUUCUGGUGAAAGUGAUAGAAUGGAACAUGUCCAUGACAUUCCGUCUGGCCCAAGACAACCGUCAAAUGGAAGGAUGUAUGGUAACAACGAAGAACAUGAAAGUGACAGAAUGCAACAAAUUUACGGUAUGGCGCCUCGAAGGCAAUCUUCAACAGAAAUGAUGAAUGGAAAUGUAGCGGAUCAAAUACGAUUUGAUGCAAGUAUGCAUCGAAGUUACUCAAACCCUGGUUAUAUAAACCAACCUGAGAUGUUAGCAGUCCAUACAUACAAUCCGAACACACAGGUACUCUAUGUAAAUCAAUUUGGUAAUCCGAUUUAUCAAGGACAACAUCCUCAGCCUUACGCUGGUAGCCAAAUCAUGCCUCAAAACAAUUACUUCCCUCCAAAUGGUCCGGCAUUGCAGGGGAAACAGGUCCAGGAGAAAGGCAAGCGCAAGAAAGGAAAAGACAAGAAACAGAAAAGUAGCAAAUCAGUGACAGAUAUGAGACAAACAUUUCCUAAUAACGAUCCUUACAGAAGAACCAGCGCAUCACAAAAUUAUGUUGAAGAACAGAUAACUGAUGCUGAUACUGUUUUGUAUUAAACUGUCUUGAAUAAUUAUGUUCUUAUAAUUUGUAAGCUUAUAUCAUUUUAUUUUUUACAGACAUUCUUAUAGUACUUCUAAAAUAAAACAUAUAUUCAUUUCUA